UUUCCAGUUGCAUGAGUUUUCAGCUGCAAAUCAGCAUCAGCUUCAAGAUGUUCAAGAUUAUCGCCCUGGUCGUUUGCCUAGCCAUCGCCGUUUCGGCUUAUGAUGAUCACCACAGCCAUCCCAAGUAUAAGUACGAGUAUGGUGUCAAGGAUAGUCACACCCAUGACCACAAGAGCCAGUGGGAACAGCGAGACGGGGACCAUGUCAAGGGUCAGUACACUCUGGAUGAAGCUGAUGGAACUCAUCGCGUGGUUGACUACUCCUCGGAUCAUCACACCGGAUUCCAGCCUCAUGUUCAGCGCAACGGCCAUGCUCAUCAUCCACAUGGCGAAAGUUAUGCCAACAUCCAUCAGCAUUACUAA